AGCCAACAGGUUGUGAAGAAGGUGCCGUACGUAUAACUGAUGGACUGAUUGAGAAUGAAGGGAGACUGGAGGUGUGUGUUGAUGGAGUUUGGGGUAGCGUCUGUGAUGAUGGGUGGGAUAAAACUGAUGCUCAUGUUGCAUGUCAACAGUUAGGAUUCUCAGAGCUAGAGCCUGAAGCAUAUUUUGGUUCAAAAUUUGGAGUAUCUAUUGGACCAAUUGUGUACUCUAACAUAAAAUGUGGCGGUUGGGAGACUAGCCUUGACGAAUGUGCUAAAACUAAUUACGUUAAUUUUACUUGUCCUGGAGAUAGGAUUGCUGGGGCAUUCUGUCUUGAUGGAUGCAGGAAUGGUGACAUUAGAUUAUCAGGCUAUAAUCAAUUUGAAGGAGUUGUACAAAUUUGUGUUGACAAUGUUUGGGGUGUUAUCUCUGGUGAGAGUUGGACUUAUGGUAAUUCAUUAGUUAUUUGCCGUCAACUUGGUUAUGAUAAAAGUAGACCUGAUGUUUUAACUUAUGACACUAAAAAUUAUAAUCAAAGAAGAGCUGUAUUUCUAUCUAAUGUUACUUGCAAUGGAAUAGAAUCCUCACUGGGUGACUGUGAUAAAAUAUUAUAUCCACUAAAUGUUGCAAAGCAAUUAGCUGAGACAACUGAUGAAGUAGCUGCUGUCGCCUGUAUCUCAUGGACACUGGAGCAGGGAUCAUCAUCCAUGACUAUACUGACUACAGUGACACAAAGCAGUGAAAGUACCAGCAGUGUUUGGCCUACAUUGGCUGCACAGAAUAAGUUUGUCAUGUUUGGGUCAAAAGUGAGGAACUAUAGGAAGAAAAGGAGACUCACAAGUCGUCCCCUUCCAUCAAUACAACUGACUAAUGUUGAUGCAAGAUACCAGACGGUUAAUGAGGACGAUGAUGAUGAUAAUGAUGAUCUCAAAAAU